CUCACAGUCCCCAAGUUCCCCCCAAAAAAUGUUGCCAUCCCCUUUUACUAAUUCCUUCAGCCAUCCUUUCCACAAAUUAACAACUUGUUCUGUAACAAACUUGCCAAAUUGUUCUUCAAAUAUUUUGAGGUUUUAUCUGCUUGUGUUUGUAUCAUCUCAAAACUUUUUGUCAUUAAAUGGAUCACCGUCUAUGAGGAAUGGGGCGUCAAUACUUGCAGAUGAUAUAAAUGUUAAUAAAGAAAUACACCGACCAAUAUAUGAAUCCUCUGUCCAUAAAAGAACAAAAACUACCCCCUCAAAUAACAACAGCAAUACACCCCUAUCUCUAGUAGAGGAACAUCCAUUAUUUCAGCAGCAAAGACAAAAUGAUCCUUUUCCUCCUAACAGAGAAGAAUCUCAACAAGAAAAUUCUGUUAAUAAUGUUGUCGAGGUUGAUGCAAGUCCCGGUUUUGUUAAAGCGGCGGAAUUGCUUAAACAUUCUAUUGACGAACGGGUAGAUCCUUGUGAAGAUUUCUUCGAUUUUGCUUGUGGUAAAUGGGUUGCCAAUAAUCCAAUACCUGAUGAUCUCACAUCUUACGGGCAUUUUAGUGAAUUACGAGAGAAAGUUAAUCACGAAAUGAAAACACUUUUUGAAUCUCCAGAAGAGCCAACCUCCGUAGCAAUAAAAAAUUUAAAAAGUUUGUAUCACGGCUGUAUGAACACAGAGGAUUUGAAUAGAAGGAAUAGUUCAGAAUUAUUAAGUCGAAUAGCAAAGUUUGGGCAUUGGCCAAUUAUUUCUCCAAAUAAAUGGAAGGCGGAAGAAUUCGAUUUAACCGAUCUUUUGGUCCAUGUCGGCCGUUCUCGAGCUAUUGACGUGUUUGUGGAUGUUUAUGUGUCGUUGGAUCAGAAAAAUGCUACGAGGCGUUUACUCAAUUUUGAUCAAGGGGGUUUGGGAUUGGGGGCUAGUGCCCGAGAUUAUUACUUAAAUGAUACGAGAUAUGGGAAUCAAAUGGCAGCAUAUAAGCGUUAUAUGAUUGAAAAGAUCACCUCAUUCGCCAGAGACGCCGGCACAUAUCAAUCAGAUCCGGAUUAUAUUCCUAAUGAAGUUGAAAAAAUAAUAAAUUUUGAGAGGGAAUUUGCACGUAUAUUAACACCAGACGAGGAUCGAAGAAAUUUUACAAAAAUGUACAAUUUACACCACCUCUCAGAAAUGCAAAAAAUUUUUAAUUUAAUGAAUUGGACAAAAUAUUUUGAUUGGUUAGUCCCUUCAGAGAUGCACGAAUAUUUAAAAUCUGACCCAGAAAUAAUUUUGGCCGAGCCAGAAUAUUUCGAUAGAUUAACCAAAUUAUUAAAUUCAACGCCUGAUGAGGUGAAGGCAAAUUAUGUUAUUUGGAGAUAUGUUUCGGCUUGGUCUUUCCAAUUGAGUGAAAGUUAUGAUGAUGUCCAGCAAAAAUUUCUUAAAGCAUUUUUGGGAAAGAAGGCGAAGAGUCCAAGGUGGAAGGAUUGUGCCUCAGCGGCAUCUUCUCGAAUGAGUUAUGCCAGCGGAGCAAUGUACGUCCGCGCUCAUUUUGACCGUUCUUCAAAAGAGGCCGCUUUAGCAAUGAUUGAGGAUUUGAGGGCCUCGUUUAAAGCAAUGUUGGCAGUAAAUGAUUGGAUGGAUCCGGGGACUAAAGAAUAUGCCUUGAUUAAAGCAGAACAAAUGCUUAGUUUAAUAGGCUAUCCAGACUUUCUCUAUAACGACACACAACUGGACGAUUAUUAUAAAAAUUUUGAUUUACAUCCUAAUGAUCACUAUGCUUUACAAGUAGAAAAGGCAAGCAUUUGGUCACAACGCAAAGCCUUCCGCCGCCUAAUCGAGCCCGUCGAUAGAGAAGAAUUUGGGACGAGCAGUGCUGUCGUUAAUGCCUUCUAUUCGGGUGUUAAAAAUGCUAUAACCUUCCCAGCAGCCAUACUUCAAUCACCCUUUUUCGACCGAGACUUCCCCAAAGCUACAAAUUAUGGGUGUAUUGGGGCGGUUAUAGGGCAUGAGAUUACUCACGGAUUUGAUGACCAGGGAGCUCAGUUUGAUGGCCGUGGAAAUUUGAAAGAUUGGUGGGAUCCACUAACCCAGAAACGUUUUGUUGAGAGAAAAAAAUGUAUAAUAGACCAAUAUUCGGCCUUUUCUGUCCCUCAAACUGGACUUAAAGUUAAUGGGAUACUUACACAAGGAGAAAAUAUUGCUGAUAAUGGAGGGAUUAAACAAGCCUAUGCAGCCUAUCAAGCCUAUUUACGCAAGCAUGGACAAGAAAAACGCCUCCCCGGGUUGGAGAAAUACAAUAAUGAACAACUCUUUUUUAUUUCAUAUGCGCAAACUUGGUGUGGUCAUACAAAACCGGAAACUUUAAUCCGACAACUUCUGACUGACCCCCACUCUCCCUAUCGUUACCGAGUUAACGGCGUAGUUGUAAAUCAACCAGAAUUUACAAAUGCAUUUAAAUGUCAUGAGGGUGCAGCAAUGCGUUAUUCUGAAGAAAGGAGAUGUUCUGUUUGGUAA